AUGGAAGAAGCCAUCGUUAUUAAAGACUCGCCAACUCGCAAUCCGGAUUCUGGCGUCGACUACACAGUUGAUCUUUGCUCCUCUGAUGAUGAGAUAUUGGAUGGAAGGGAUUUCCAGGAUAUAUCAAUCUCCGAUUCCGAUUCCAGUGAACCUAACUUUAGCCGCACUGAAGAAUUGACCGACUGCAUAGUCAUUUCAGAAUCAGAUGAAGAAAUGCCUUCCACAUCGAAAAGAACAAGAAUUCUUAGAGAAAUUGCGCCCACGACCACAAGAGACGAUCAUCAUUCAUCUUCGUCGUCUGAUGAAGCUCCUGAGCGGAUUUUUCGACCAGGGGCAGAGAUUGCUCCUUCUGGCUUACAGAAACUACAGUCGAGAAAAAGAAAACGCGAAGACACCCCACCGAAAGAAGAGCGGCCUAACUUUAGAAUUUUCGGAAGCAAAAAGAAGUUGGACUUGUCGACGAAGAAUAUGAAAGACAAACUAAAUCCAAGAGUCCGACAGGCACUGACUGCAGGAGCCCGAGAAAAUACCGAAGAUGAUCGUCUCAUGGAGAUGAUUGCACAAGCCGAGAAAAGGGGAGCGAUUAGAAAGUUUCAACGAAUGACAGAUUAUCAACUCGUAAAUAUUGGUGCGAAAUUUGGCCUGGGAAGUUCGCGAAACACUUUGCGGACGAAAGAUAGAAAGGAACUAUACAUUGAGCACCUAUCAAGAAUCGAAGCUUACAAAAUUUAUGCCAAAAAGGCCUUCCAGUAA